AUGUUUUCAAGUCGGUGUUUUCGUUCGAUUUCGAAGCUUUCUUCCACUGCGCGACUGGUUGUAAGUGAAUUUCUCGUCUUUAAAUUCCAUUGUGCACUUAGUUCAACAAAGAUGUUUCUUUUUUCAGCGCCAUGCUUCAAGGUUGCAACAGGAAACCUGUCGAGAAGGCAAGUAGAACUUCCCGGCCCCGCACGUGAGAAUUUGUUGGCCACAUGUGCAAAGUAACAAUAAGAAGUCAUCUAAUAAAACAAUGAAAUAAUUUUUGUUGUCGUCUGCAGGGUUGAUUCUACAGAGCGGUCUACUGGGAAGAUCAGCCACAAGUGGCCAGUGGUAAGUACUGCCAUGGGGCCUGGAACUAGCCAGUCAAGAUAAAUAUCCUGAGGCUAUGUUCCCACCAUUUCUGGUUUGCACGUGACGUCACGGCGGCCAUGUUGGUGGUCAAGAAAUGUGGUUGCAAACCAAGAAUACCUGUUUUUUGCACCUGCACGAAAACUAUACCGGGUAUUGCUUCUGUUCACACAUGAGAGCAGUGAUUUGGCCAUUAUUUCUGUAAUGGAGCAAAGCUGCAUCGCACUGAUCUCAGAAGUAGAGCUUCACUUAUUGGAUAGGUUUUGUGUCACACUUUGGUGCAGCAUGAGCAGGUGUUCAGACCAUAGCAGAAGUGAAUGAUAUAGGAGAGAGGACUGAAACCCACUGAGAAGGAAGUAAAUAUUUGGGAGUGAGGACUGGGAUUUAGUCCUCCAAGUUCUCUCGUCAACUGCCCCGGCACAAUGUUUGAUGUGUGUAAAUGGUCAUGACUUGCUUCAGUCAUGUUAUGAGCAGUUGUUGUUCAUUCUACACUGGAUAAGGUUUUGUGUCGGCGGGAAAAACCAUCUGGUAUAGUAGGAACAUAGCCUACGUUGCCUAUAUUAGUUUUGUUAUGAAACUGAAGAUAUUUCUUAGUUACUAGCAGUAAACAACAUGUGUGUUUACCUUAAAGGUGUGAUUGAUGUUGAGAACUGCUUUCAUAAUUGUGUACUCUUAUCAAACAUAGCUCUCAACCAAUCAGGGCGAAAAAUCACUCAGUCAAGGAUCCAUAUAAUUCACUGUUACCAUAUUCAGUUUUCAUGUCGUUAAUCACAAGUAUUUUUCAAUUUGUGAAGAACUGCAUUCAGGGGCCAUUUGCGAAAACUUGACAGCACUCAUUAAGAUGUGGCGUUUUCUAUAAGGUGUUUCGCCGCCACCCACAAAAAAAAAAAUUGAGGCAGGAGCUGCUGCCUUUUACCCUUACACAAGGAAAAAUGUAAGCACACCUUCUUGCCUUCAUGGCAAGAAAGUGACAGACCCCAGUCUGUUUUUGUGCCCAAACAGAAUGUAUCCCAGUCAUCCACUGAAGUCACUGAGUCUCAGUCUACAUCUCCUACAUCAGGGGACAAAAUGUUUUGUGACAUCUGUUAAAAAGCUUCCAAAGUAGACAAAACUAUAAUGUCCAGAACAAUGUGUUUGUGGAGGGCUGCUCUUCGCUUUUUUUAGAAUCAGUCAAGAUUCAGAAGACCUCAGCAAAUCACAGAAAUAAAAAGCAAAUCAGAAAUGUUCAAGUUGCACACAUUAAGGGCCAUUCCUUUUAUAAUUCUGCACUUGUCCAGGCAACCUAAAUAAUGUUGUAACCAGGAAAGUGUGCUAUCAGGCUUAAUUACCCGGAUGAUGACUCUGAUUAAGAAUGAAUGUAGAUGCCUUCUCAGUUAUUGUAAAAAAAAUGUUUUGAUUAGUUUCAGUAAUUUUACAUUUUUAUUUGCAUAAAUAUUAGAUUGCAAUUUGGAGGUAAAACAAUGUGUCUCAAUGAAUUUUAUUUUUAUUUUUUGGGUAACAGCCUUGCCACACAAAGCAAAUAUGGCAGACGGUUUACCAGGAACCUGUACAUAACAACAGUAGCAUGUAAGUUAAAUUAUUGCUUUAAGUGUACCUAACAACAAAAAGUGUUUCUCACUAAGGGUUGAUUUCCACUAUUGCAUAAUUUUUCCGUAAGUACGUGCGUAAAAUUUAUGUUUACCAAUAAAAUAAAGGCAAAUUAUGUAUGAAAGGUCGCACGUAAGGAUAAAAGUAGAACCUUGCUCAACUUCAUGUUUAAUCUCAGCACUUUAAAUCUUGCCUCUAUUUUAUUUACGUGAUUAAAAUAAUGUGCGUUAAUGUGCGUAGCCAAAAACACACCAGUGGAAAUCAGUCUUAAGGUAAAAUCCCUCAUUAUCCAAAGCAUGUCUUUUUUUCUGAAAAUUUUUAAUUUUCUACGAAAUUUUGCGAAUCAUCAAGGUUUCUGUUGAGACGUGAUCAUCAGAGGGAUCUGUGGUGAACCACAUCUAUGAUGUCAAAAUAUGACAUCAAAUCAAGAGAAGAAUUUAAAAUCUAGUCAGGUUUAGGCUACAGGUUAAGCGUGUAAUGCAAAGGUUUUAGUUUUAUUGUUUGUAGAAAAUGAUUAAUAAAAUAAUUAAUAAUGUUUUAGAGGGAACACAUUCACAUAGUGGUUUUCAUAAUUAUGCCACUCCUGAUUCAAUAUAAUAUUUUAAUUUGGAAUGCUGGUUUUUAAAAAGAGGGGAAAAGCCAGUUUUUUUGUACUUAACUCAAUGCACCUCUGGCAAUUUUUGCUGCUUGUAUUUUUAUGUUUUAUAUUCUGUUUUCUCAAUUCAGGUGAUCUCUCCAGAAUACCAGAAAUUCUGACAAAUUCAGUUAUUGAUGGAGCUGGUGUGGACAGUGAUAUAGCUGAGGAUGAUGAUGAAAUGUCAAGUCCAGUAAAAAAAGCAAAGCAUUGGCAAAAUCCUAGUUACUAACAUUGUCUACACUGCCCGUAAUAAGAAGCAAAUACUGUGAACAUUUUUGCAUGAAGUUUUCUUAAUCUUACAGUUCCUUUUUACUUUUAAUUCACAGUUGAGGAAGUGCUAAAUGCUGUGAUUUCUUUCAGAACUGUAAAUCUAGCUUUCACUUGUAGCCCCCUCUGGUAUGAAUAGUAAUUCCAAAAUUAUCAGUGGCAAGCAGUUACUUUUAUUUAAAGUGAUAUUUUUAUUCCCUUAGAAUAAAUUGUGUAUGGAAAGAAGUGUAAAGAAGAUGAGAGUAUGAUAUCACAAGUGAAAACAGUUGAACCUCCAUUAAGUGGCCAUCUAUUAAGCAGAUAGUAUCCAUUGAAUGUCUAGCAGUAUUCCAUAUAAGACACAGGUCUCAGGUCAAUGACCCAACAAAGAAGGCUUCCUGACCCAACAGAUAAAAAUGUUUUGAUUUAAAUGUAAAGAAAAAAAUUAGCACAUGAUCUGGAUGACCCCUCAGAUGGUCUACACCACUCAAAUGAUAUUGUAGAAAAUAAUAAAUUGUAAAUUUUAUUAAACCUCUUGGGAAGUGGCCACCUCUAUCAAGCUGACGUGGCUAGCCUGAGAAAACAGCUGACAUUAAUUUUGACGACUCUACAAUUGGUUUCCCCACCAAAUGACUUUUAAGAAACAAGCACAGAAAUUCCAUACUGAUGACACGUCACUACUCAGAUCUGGGUAGUGCUUCUGAUUGGUUCAAUCAAAUUUCCCAUGUGGCACAACCAAUCAGAAGCAAUACCCAGAUCUGGGUAGUGACACAUCAUCAGUAUGGAAAUUCUGCGCUUGUUUCUCAGAUGUCAUUUGGCAGGGAAACCAUUGGUAGCUUCGCCAAAUGUUGGCUGUUUUCUCAGGCUACCUUUUGGCUGGCCCAACAAAGGUUCAACCCAUUUUUGUCUCUUUUAUUAUGUGUUCAUCAAGUGCUUGAUACACUUAGUUUGGCAUUAUUUUAAAAAAUAUGAUGAAGAAAAAUACAGCCCAAAAUAAGUGUCAACUGAUUGUGGACCAGUAAUGCUCCUUCCAUCGCAAUUUUUUUUUUUCAAAAUAAUAUAUUUCCCCUAAAAAUUAUGCUAAUUUAUGAUGAACCUCUUUGGAGUGGCCACUUGCUGGUACCUGGUUCCCUUAAGAUUGGCCGCUUAAUGAAGGUGCAACUGUACUAAAGUUUUAAGCUUUCAGUGUUCCAUGUUUCUUGAUAGUGUAUUAAUUUUUACACCAAAGAUUUUCUCACUUUUGAAACUGGCAGUGUUAUAUUUUGAUUAAUUAGUGAACUGAAAAUGCACCGUUUUGUCUUCUCCAUUUUUAAUAAUGAGUUGAUUCAUUAGAUAAAAUUUUUUCUUCAGAAUUAAUGCAUCAGUUCUCUGAAAUGACGAAAAGAAACUGUUGAGUGGAUGUAUAACAAUUUUAGAAAAGAGCAUAGAAAUGGAAAAUAGCACACCUCGAACACAGAAUUCGUUAUUUCAGGAAAAGGGGAAAGGGAUGCAUCGUGCCAUUUAACACGUUGUAAUCGACGAAUCCCAGGAACUCUCUAGAACGUGGCUCCUUUAACCUGAUCAUACGUAAUUUUGUUGUUGGGGCCGUUCUGGAAUCAGACUAGUUCUUGGUUUAUGCGGAGAUAGAGAGAGAGAGAGAGAGAAAAAAAAAGUAAACGAUCAAGAUGUGUCUAACUUAAUGUAUUCAAACACUUCCUUAAAGGAAAGAAGGAGAAGAA